AUGCCUCCCUCGGCUAUAAAGUCAACGCACCAAAUAAAAUCAAAACGCGCACAACGACAAACUGCUAGCAACCCUAAUUAUUAUGAACCAGAAUCCUCUGAAGGAGAGAUAGAAGAUUAUGAUAUGAUACAGGACGAUUCUGCCUAUGAUGAUGGCCGAUAUGAUAAACCUGACAGAAAGAAGAAACAUAGAGCAACAUCCAGCGAAUUCCAUAGCGAUAUUAAUGAACGAUUAUAUAAAAUGAACAUGCAAUUAGAAAAUGACAAAGACAUACUUUAUCAACAAUAUUUAGCUCAAUUUGAUAAGGAACUUAAAGAAAUACAAGAUGGCACAAAUUCAGACUUUCAAGAAAGUUUACAAGAACUGAUCGAAAUUCGGGACAACACUGUUACGAAAGCAGAAUUAUAUCGAGAGUAUCUGCUAGAAUGUGUAAAACGUAUGUAUGAGGCGGAAGCUAGCCAGGCCGAAGAGGAUUAUUCGACGGAAAAGCAAGGACUGAAGGAAAAAAUGUUGGCUGAGGUGGAGGAACGAAGGCGAAAAUUAAAGGAAGAUAAGGAUUCAUAUGAUCUCUUACAUGAUGUGACAGUGGAGACAGCACCACGCCAACACUCGCAAAGGAAACUUCGUGGUACAAAAGCCAAAGAUGAGGUGGAGCCGAAAACAAAGCGUUCUAAGGUAGCAGGUCCUUCGGUGACUGCCAGGCUGACAGAUAGGGAGAUUGAGGAUGAUCUACUGGAAAUGACUAAGGCAUACUCGUCCUCUUCGAAGAAAUUAGGCUAUUCUCACAAGAAGAAAUAA